AUGUGGCAUCCGCCCGAGUUCGGCUUCGAUGGCCUUGCUCGGUCAUCGCGCCUGCCACGGCAGUCCACGCCCCCAAGCCGUUCGGCCAGGUCCAAGCUGACGGUCGACUCUCCGAGAUCUGAGGCCAGACGGCCCUCGGGAGGUCCCCCGCCCAGUCUGGACUUGGUGAAGCUGGCCACGCGCGUGCCACAGGCAUUUCCCCGGCGGCCCGGGAGUGCCGCGUCGCCACUCGCGACGCGCGGGCGCUCCUCGCCCAAACAUGUGGAGGACUUCCAGUGGACCGGCUUUCGAAGUGCCUCCCAAUGUUUGGCCGAAGAGUUGCGGCCCUCAACGCCGCCCAAGACCCCUUUGAGGUCCAACCUCCGGCGGCGACCGUCACCCCACAAGGUGUACCAGGUGGAGCUUCCGAUGCCUCGAGGCGGAGGUCGGGACGACUGGGAGAUCACUCCAUCCGACAGUGCCGACCUCGCGGGCUCCGCGGUGUCCACCGCCGUGGCUAGCCCACCCAAGGCCGCUUUUGGCGCGGGACCUGUGAACCUGCCUCCCGAAGAGGAGGAUCAGGAGCGGGACGGCCGAUGGGGGCGCUGUAGCGUGUCGUUUCACAGCUUGAAUUCCUGCCCAAAUGUGGCGGACAGAGCUCGCGCCCAAACCAAUGAGUCCUACUUCGCCGAGGUGGUGCAGCCGGGAGAGCUUCGCAUUGAGGUGGAUGUGCCUGUGCCACGUAGGCGGAGCAUUGCCACCACCACAGGCAGCGGCGGACGCUUCUCCAAACGCUCCAGUGACGGGGGCCCAGAGUUUUGCAGCGCGCAGAAAAGCGCUUUUCCGCGUGCCGCCACCGAGACUGCGGGCUUCCUGUGUUGGGUCGUGAAGGAUUUCAGCUGGGUCCUUCUGAUCCCCGAGAUGGCAUGGUUUGCCUUGUUCGGUGCUCUGAUCUUCGAGUGCUGGGACUUGGCGAAUGCGUGGCAGGCAUCCGAUGCUUAUGAACGUGGUAGUCGAUUCGUGAUUUUGCUCUGGAUCCUGGGCAACGGCACGUGGAUGACCAGCGAAUUCCUGUACGAGACGCAUUCCCGGAAUAUCAGCUUCCCCUGGUUUCAUGGAGCCUUGCUGGGGCCAAAGACAUGGGCGGAUACGAUCUUCAUUGUUUGCGCGGCCACUUUUUGGAUUCUGGCGCUCAUCAUCGGCGUGGGCACGCAGACGCUGGGCCGGCAACCAGGACACCCGACCUCCUUGUUCCGCAGGCUCAAUGCGGACCUUUGGUGCAUCUUUUGGAUCUUGAAGGAUAGCUUUUGGUUGAUGAGGCUUGCUUGGCCAGCCAUUGUCUCUUCCCUUCUGGUUCUCUACUGCUUGAUCGCACUGAAGGGUGGCAAUCCCAUCUCAGGAUGCCCCCUGUUGACCAUCGCCGAGAUUUACUGGCUGUGUGCAAACACCAUUUGGCUGAUUGGUGAGCUUCUUUUGGAUGAUAUCUUGGGGACGCGCGACCACCCGGAAGCCAAAAGGGGCCCCACCGUGCCGGAUCCCACGUUCCCACCUUUGGCCUCGGUGUCCCUCAAACAGACGGCCGAUGCGCCGACCUACGUCUGCGCGGAUGUCCGCGCAGACGCAAAGAUCCAACGGCUCACCUGGGAACAGGCACUCAAUGAUGUGCUUGAGGCUGAUGUGCCAAGGGGGCCCAGACUCGGUGAGUGUGGUAGCGCCCCGACCCUCGCCCGACCGGCACCAACGAAGAACGCCACAAGGUUCUCUCCAUCUUUGCGUUUGAGCCGAGAGGCCAGUUUGGCGGAGACGGAGGCGCCGGACCACGAAUCACAGGACGAAGGAGAUGAAGCUGAAACAUCCUUCAGUGAGGGCUUUGAGGAGGAGAUCAGAAGCGUUCUUCACCUACGGCGUGGGGGGGUCUCAGCUGAGGCCAAAGGGGCGUGGAACCACUUCACAUCCAGCAAGUCGUGGCCAAGCAAAGAGAAGAGCACACAGCAAGCCAAGGGUUUGAAGAAAGUGAUGAGGAGCGACAAAUGCCCUUUCACCCAACAAGUGGGCCAUGCAACUCUCGACAGCCUCGUCGAUGCCAUGGAGGUGCAAGAGUUUCGGCCAGGUCAGCAGGUGUGUCAACAAGAUGCUCAAGGUGAUUGUGCCUAUGUGAUCCUUUCUGGGAGUGUUUCGGUCUUCAAGGAGCGUGCACAUGAAGAGCGAAUCUUCGUCAGAAGCCUGGGUGCUGGCAGCUUCUUCGGCGAGGGUUCGAUGCUUUGGCGGACCCCACGCACACGGAGCGUGUACGUGGAUGAGAGAGGUCCAGCCACACUGGGCAUUUUGUACCGCGAGGCCUACCACGACCUGGUGGUGCGCAGCGAGAUCAAAGAGCGCAGUCGCAGAGAGGACUACCUACGAAGAGCCCCGGUACUGGAAACCUUGAGCGACGAGCAGAUUGCACAGAUCGCCGAUGCGCUGCAGACUGAGCAAUACGAUCCAGAUGAGGAUAUUGUCACGCAAGGCGAGCGCGGAGACAAGCUUUAUGUCAUUCUCGAGGGCACGUGUGUCGUGACUGUGAAGACUGGAACUGCCGGAGACAUUGACAUCCAGGAGCACCGGCGAAUUCAUGCAGGGGAUAUGUUUGGCGAGAAGGCGCUGCUGGAGAAUACCCGGCGCUCCGCCUCGGUGACCGCGGUGACCCAUGUGGAGGUGCUUUUUCUCAAGCGUGCGGCGUUCGAGCGCAUGCUGGAAACCAAGCGUGUGGACGCGCAUUUGCGACGCGCACGCGACGCGCAGAAGAGCAGGGAAGAUGGGGUCGCAGAACGUGAUGCCGUGAUACGGUCGGGUGCUCAAACUGAGCGCGAAGCAUUGCCAACUUUUAUCAACCAGGUGAUGAAUCUGGCCCCGCAGGUGUUUGCGGGCCGACAGCAGCAGGCGGAACGGGAGGGGAACGGCACGGACCUGAAGGCCCUUUUGGCUCCACAAUAUCCGCGCCCACGGGAAUCCGCGCCGACCGCUGGACCGCUGGAAUUCGUGCUGGUUCCCAUGGGAAGUGUGCUACAUCAGCACAGCAGUUGGAAGAUGAGAAGAGAGGGUGGCGUCUUGAGAAGGUUGAAAGACUUGGGCUGGGACCCUUUGUGGUACAACGAGGAAUUGAUGUGCAAAGUGCUGACGCUGUUGGACUGGAAGGCGUUGGACCCAGCUUGCUACACCAUAGCGAUUGCGACUUGUGGAGCUGGGAGUGAGUGGCAUCGGGCGUGCAGGCUGUUGGCGUCCAUGCCCGGACACCAGGUUCAGCCUAACAUGAUCCACAUCAAUGCCGGCAUUUCUGCGUGCGCGCCAGGCCAGCAGUGGCUGUUGGCCCAGUCACUUUUCUCCCGGCUUCCAGCGCCUGACGCAGUGAGCUUCAGUGCAACCAUGAGCGCCAUGAAUGGCGGACAAUGGGUCCGGACCGUCGGCCUCUUCAAGGACAUGCCCUUCGCACGUCUUCUGCCCGAUGACGUAUGCUUCAACGCAGGCAUCAGUGCUUGCGAGACUGGGGCGUGGCAGGCGGCUUUGAGCGUUCUCCAGGCCAUGUCCCAGGCUCUUCAGCCCACAGUCAUCAGCUUCAGCGCUACCAUGAGCGUCGGGGAAAAGGCCUCACGCUGGGCUCUAGCCUUGGCCUUGUUGAGCUGCAUGCGCCCGCAAGAGAUUCGACCCAAUCACGUGAGCUUCAAUGCGGUGACCAGUUCUUGUGCCAGUGCCAGACAGUGGCAGCAGGCGAUGCAAGAAUUCAAUGCGCUUGGUGCCGCCUUUCUUCAACCGAAUGUCAUCACCUGUACCGCUGCCAUGAGCGCAUGUGAGGGCUCCCACUGGCCAAUGGCCUUAAGCCUGUACACCGCUGGCCACUCCACCUACGAGCCGCUUUCCGCGCAGCCCGUGGGUGCUCCGCGGGACGCGGAGCUGCGGAAUGUGCUGCUGGCGGUGAUGCGUUGGGACAGGGCCUUAUGCUUGGUGGAGGAGAUGAAGGAGGGCCAGUUGGAGCUGAAAGUCGUCAGCUUCAGUGCGCUCAUGAAAGCCUGCCAGAGAGCUGAGCGGUCAGAGUUGGCCUUGAAGCUCUUCGCAUCGUUGGCGUCAGUUCAGCUUGAUGUGAUCAGCUUCAACACGUCCAUCUCAGCAUGUCAGCAAGGUGGACGCUGGCAGCAGGCAUUGUCCUUCCUGGGAUCCAUGGCUCCGGCUGAGUUGAAACCUGGUGUCACUACCUUUGGUGCCACAAUGACUGCCUGUGAGAAGGCCGGACAGUGGCCACAGGCGUUGAAUCUUUUAAGAGCUAUGGUCUGUGCGCUGAUCCAGUCCAACUUGAUGACCUGCAGUGCUUUGAUCAGCGCCUGUGAAAAGGGCAGGCGUUGGCAGCAUGCACUCAUCUUGCUGGAGACCAUGAUCGAAAAGGGCUAUUUGAUGGAUGUACUCACCUUCAAUGCAGCGAUCAGUGCCUGCGAGAAGAGUGGCCAAUGGUGCUGUGCCUUAGGACUCUUGGACCAGAUGUUGGAAUCACAGCUUCAAGCCAAUGACAUCAGCUUCAAUGCCAUCAUCAGUGCCUGUGAGAAGGGGUCACAGUGGCAACGUGCGAUCAGUUUGCUUGACAUGAUUCCACUGGCAUCAGCUCAAGCUGAUGUGAUUUCCUUCACAUCGGCUCUCAGUUCGUGUGAGAAAGAACACCUUUGGCAGCAAGCAUUGAGCCUCAUGGAUGCCAUGCAAUGCCAAAGAAUUCAGCCCAAUGCGGUGACGCUGAGCGUGGCCUGUCAUGCCUUCGAGAGAGGGUGGCAACCACAGAAGGCUGUCAGUUUGUUGGGCGCCCCCUUUUCUCCGAUCAUCGAUCUACGGAUGGUGAGGUUCGCCGUUUAUCGGCCCACCAGCCGGGAUGCCAUAGCGAAGAUGCUGAGUGGUGCAGCCGUGGGCGCCCUCAGAUGGGCCGAUGAAACGAGGGGCCGUGCCGAAGAGAGGGACACUGGGACACGAACUGGAGCGAAGCAAAAGGUUGGAAAGGGUCUGAACGUGAAGGGCAAGUCUGCAAAGUUGAAUCGCUUGUCGGGCUUUGUGCCCUUCCUGCAGAUCAGCCAAGAGAAUGACAAGGCUGAAGUUGCCCCGUCACCCUCAGACGCCUGUGUCACCAUCUACUUUGCUUCGGACGAGCUCCGCAGUCGUGCCGCGUCACAGCUACAAAGCCUGCUGGAUUCCGCUGAUUUGCAUGUGCAGGAGGAUCACCUCAUAGCCUUGGACGACUAUCCCAACACUCCCGGCCUUAUUUUGCCGGAGCCACUUUUGCACUAUGCCUUCAUUGACAAGCCGGACAUUCAGCCGGCUGUUGGCUGGGAGACCGGGAGGAUCUCCUCACCCGCCUUCAUGGAUAUGAAUCUGCAAGCACUGCGUGGGGAUUCAAAGCCAAAGGUGGUCCUUUACCAGUUCGACCAGGACAAUGCGAUGAAUCCCCAUGGACUGCUCAUUGCCUACGCAGAAGCGACUGUCAAGCCAGUUGUUUCGGACUUUGACACCUUCACAGUUGGAAGCCGCGGCAUGACGUACAAAAGACUGCACCCGGAACAGGCCGAUUUGGCCAUGUGGGCUUUGAAGCACACCGAGCAGCUCUUGCGGAAGCCAUCCUUGUCCUCCUGGACUUCGCGAUGGUUGGAGGUCUUGAAGGAAGCGCACGACGAAGGAUUCCAUCCCGACAUUCCGGAGUACGGCUUUGGAGAUGAGACCUCCUACAAACUCAUAGAGGGCAUUGUGGAGGCGACGAGUGAAUCCGGCGCAGUACGCCAUGGCGCUGAGUGCUUCAAUUUCUACUUCCCUCAGGAGUUGGAUGACAACUACCUGGUGGUUUGGGAAGGCUUUGAUGACAAGCCCUGGGCAUACAUGGACGAGGACGCCCUACGGGACUUCCUGGAAGAACGUGUGGAGGAAGAUUAUGCCAUGCCGUUGAACCCCGUGUGGUGUGUCCGCGAUCAGGGAUGGUAUGAUGUCUUGGAAGCGCAGAUCUCGAAUGAUGCUUGCAAGAAGAUCAUGGAGGCCUGGUAUCCUGAAGGGUCGGGCAUUCUGGAGAAGAUUGAGGAACUCCACAAAGAGUUUCCCAAUGGCUUUCAGACCGGUUUGCCGCCCGGAGAGGAGGGUCGGAGACCCACGCUUCGCUCCACCCUUUCAACGGUCAACGAUCUGGACACCACUGAAAAGGCCAUCCUGGCAUCUUCCAUGGCCAAGUCGGGAAGGAGUAGGUGGGGUGAAGCAAUUCGCAAGGUGCAUUUGAUGCAGUCGAUGUCGAGACACAGCCUCAUGCCCCGCAGCGUGUCCCCCGCCUGA